UGUUUGUUUUUUUUUUUUUCAUCUGGCUGGUGAUAAAAGUAUGAACUAAAAUAGUAUCAACAUUUACCACACACAGCAGCACCAAAUCAUCAACAAUAUUUUUUUUUUUUCUGGAAAAUGACGCUUGGAUUACUGAUAAAGAGAGAGAGAGGAAAAAAAAUAUACGCUUGAUAGUAAAUAAAAAAAAGUGUGUGUAAGGUUACGUUUUCUGUUGAUUAACGAUGUAAACAACAACCUGAAUAAUAUUUGUGUAAUACUUAAGGCGGGAAAGCUAGUCCAGGUGUUAUAAUUAAUUACAAUAAACAAAAAGCUAAAUUAACAAAUUAUUUUAAAACAAUUUGACAAUAAAACUCAGUCAACUGGAAUAUAAGACAAUGCAAGAUGGAUUAUGAUUCAGAAUCAAGUUGUGAAGAAAGGCUACUAGAUCUUGAAGGAAGAAAACAUGCUAAUAAAAAAUCAUUUCAUACAAAAAGAAUUGCAGCGCCAUUAUUUUAUGGUACUGAUAUUUAUUCAGCAUCAGAUACAACAACACAAAAUGAUACUUGUCCAAAAACAUCAACAAGCAAAGUUGUUGAAAGAACACUGUCAUCACAAGUCAAAGAAUACUACAACAAGUAUUCACAAAACUCAAAUUUGGAUAGAUAUUUUUCUCAUCCAGAUGCUAAUUUAAAAAAUAACUGUUAUGAGUAUCGUUGGAGAAGUCGAACUGAUGAUCUUCUUGAUGUAAAUGAAGUAAAAAAUUUAAAAGAUGAACAAUCAUUAAUAAAUGAUAUACCAAAAGAACGUAGACGUUGGAUAAGACCACCAUUGAUUGGUCAACCCUCUGGUGCUUCAAAUGAAGCACUUGCAUCAAGUUAUGCGCAAAAAGAUAAAUCAAAUAAUCAAACAUCAUCACCAGAAUCUGAGAGUAAAAAAAUUGAUGAUACAAAUCCAACAGAUGAUAAAAAUAAAGAUACAAAAAAAAAUGAUAGUUAUACUAUUGAAAUAAUUGAAAGAGCAACAAAAACAGCAUCACCAACGUCAAGUGUAACAUCACAUAAACCUCUUGAGUGGGACAGUGGUGCUGAUGUUGGUUAUGCCUUGUCAACAAAUAAAGAUAAAAAUAUAAAUAUGCUUAGUACUAUUGAACGUAUGAUAUAUUCAAAGGAUUUAUGUACAUCUGAACUUCGUAUGGAUCCUGAAGGUACAACUGGAUCAAUUGUUGAUCAAGCUGGUGUUAGUAAAGCAUUUAAAUCUCCAUCAAUAAAUGACAGACAUUCAAAGCCAAAUGCAAAUUCAACAAGAAUUGUUAAUGAUCAAACAGAGUCUGAGGAGGAAAUUGAAAUAACACCAAUUGUAAAACCAAAUAUGCCUGGUAUUAUAACUGGUAAUAUUAUUGUUGAAGAGAGUGACAGUACUGUUGGUAUUACGGAUGCAUUUAGCAUGAAAAAAAAUACCCAAAUUAAUGAAAAAUCAAUUGGUGAUACACCAAAAAUACCAACAAAAUAUGCAACUGAAAAAAUAUUAAAAUCUAAAUUUUUUAAAGACUUUCAAUGUGAUUCAAGCUCAAUGAGAGUUAAAAGUGCAUCAAUGAAUAUUCUUGGAUUGUCAAUGUCUUCUUCUACAGUACCAUUGUUGACUAGAAGUCAAAGUGAAUUAAAUUUAGAUGGUAAAAAUAAAAAAACAUCACAAUUACCAUUAAAUUUUGCUUCAUCAUCGUCAAUAGCAACAAUUGUCAAUAAACCAUUGACUUGUGACAAAGACAUACAGACAAAUUUUGAUGAACAAAUGUCAUUACUAAAAAAAGAAUCAGUUGGAGUUCAAGUAUCAACUAUUAAUACAACAAGUAGUUCAAAUCAUGACCCUAAAUCUCAAUCAGAUGAUGAAGCUAAUAAUAAAAAAAUAAAUAAAAAUAAUACUAAAACAGGUGAUGAUAAAGAUGAAGAAAAAAAACCACCAUUGCCUGAAAGAAUAUCAAGUUUAGGUAAUAAUAAUAAUAAACUACAAUCAAUAUUAAAAAAUUCUGAUGUUCAAACAAAAAAAGAUAGUAGACCAGCAAGUUCACAAUCAGAAAGACAAGAAGAAACAACAACAGCUUCUGAUGCAGGUAGAGCAUCAAAUUCAUUUGAAUAUUUUCCUGGUCAUAUUUAUCAAAAUGUGUUGCAAUCACACAGUAAAAGUACAAGUCGUGUAUCAUCAGUUGAUACUGGUUUAUCACACUCAACAAUGCCAAAUACAAGUUCAAGUAUUGAUGGUAAACUUUGGGGUGGUUCAAAUAAUCUUGUUCGUGAUCUUGAAAGAAGUGUUAAUAUAUUAAAACUAUUAGUUAACGCAAAUAAAUGUGAUAAACAUGUUAAAAAACGUUUAAUUCAUCAUGUUAUUAAACGUCUUGUUACAGCUAAAUAUACUGAUGAUAAAAUUGAACAUAAUCUUGAAGAAAAUGUACCAUGGAAUCCUGAUAAUGCAAGAAAUAAAGUUUACAGAGCUGAUAUUAUACAAGCUCUAGCUAAAAAACAAAAUAAUACAAAUAAUAAUGAUACAAGUGAAGAAUCAUCAGACGAUUGGAAACCAAGAAAAAGAUCAUCAUCAUUGAGCAAAAAAAUUAAUCAAAAUGAUGAAAAAAAAAUCAUGGAAAUGGUACGUUUAGUUGUCAGCAGUGAAAAUAGUGAUUUAUUUGAAGAAAGAAAUACUGAUAGUUUACAAGAUGGCUUACAAGAUGGUAGAACAGCUCGUAUGGGAUUAAGACCAGAUGAUCAUCAGCUACAUCAACGACAUCGUGAUAAACGAGUACAAAAAAAUUCACUAAAUAUUAAUACAGAUAAAAGUGAAAGUUCUGAGGGUUUUUUAUCAAAUCAAAAAAUCAUUGAUAAUAAUAAAAAUAAAAUUUUAAUUAAUGAAAAAAUUAAUAAAACAUCAACAACAACAAUUGCAUCAUCAAAUAGUGAUGAUAAAGAAAUUAUAAAUAAAAAAAAAGAUGUUAAUAAAAUGGAUUGGCGUUUACCAGUAACAAUGUCUGAACGACAAUUUGAGCUUGAACGUUCAUCUUAUCGUGCUGGUGUAUCAUCAAAACUCAUUGAUUAUGUACAAAUGGAAAAAAAAAAUCAACUUGUAUGGAUUAAUAAUGAAAUUAAUCAUUUAUCAUGUUUAAAAAAACUUUUAGAAGAACCAAAAAGAUAUACACCAGAUAGUCCAUUAUUAUUUGAUGAUAAAAAAAAUUUAUCUGAUGAUAAUUCAAUUGAUUAUUUGAGAAAACGUGAAUUAAGUAAACAAUGGUCAUCACAUGGUAAUCUUGCUGUUAGACAAGACAAAGAUGUAUCAAAAAAAAUAACAACAAAAUCACAAAAUUGUCAUGUACAAACUAAAAUAACUAGUAGUGAUGACAUUGAAUCAAAUAAUCAUCAUUCAAGAAAAUCAACAAGUGUAUCUAGUAUUUAUGAACCAACAUUUGUUGAUGCAUCAUCAACACCAGUAUGGUCACCACGUAGACACUGUACAAUACAUGGAAAUAAAAAAAAUUCAUGCACAUGUUCAAAGAAAAUAUCAUCAUCACUAGAAUUAUUGCCAACAAAUACAAAAAAAAAAACAACAGAUAAUUCAAAAUUAACAGCUGUUAAUAAUUCAAAAAAAGAUACCAAAAAUCGUUUAAAUGAUAGAUGUAAAUCAGAAGUUAAUAUAACUGAAUAUCAAGCACAAUAUUCAACAGAUAAAAAAAGUUCAAAGCAUUGUAAAAGUUGUCGUUGUUCAUCAUCAACAAAUACAUUUAAUAAAAACCAAAUAAAACAAAAAAUAGAAAAUAAAAUAAAUAAGCAAGAUGAUGAUGAUGGUACUGAUGAUACUGAUGGUACUGAUGGUACUGAUGGUACUAAUGAUACUCAUGAUACUCAUGAGUCAGAUGAAUGUACUUGUAAUAAAGUACAAGGUGUAAGAAGUUGUAGAGUAUGUGGUACACUUUACAGUUCAUCCAGAGAUAGAAAAUGUAAAUGUGUACAAACAUAUGUUAAACCAGUUGCUUAUGAAAUAUCAUUUGACCAAGAAAAAAUAAAAAAACCAUUAAGAAAAAAAAAAGAAAAAUCAUCACAGUGUCGAUUAUCAUCAGCAGAAUGUUCUGGUUCUGAACAAGCACCACUUCAAGAUUAUUUGACAAAAAAUAAACCAGAUUUUGUUGAUAAAAUUGAUAAGAGACAACGUUGUAUGACGGAAUUGACACAAUUACGUCAAUUAAAAAAAGAAAAACGUAAUCAGUAUUUGUCCAUGACAUCACCAUCAGAUUUAAUAAUACCACAAAAAAUUAUAAAUCCACCUGUUACAAGUACAAGAAAAAUAAGUGAUGAAGAAAUGAAAAAUCGUUUACGUAUGCGUUACCUGAGACUUAAUGAAGUCAAAUUAAAACGUCAAAAAAAAGACAAAGAAGAACAAGCACGUAGAAAUCAUCUCAUGGCCAAAAUAUAUUGCAAAAAAUUGCAACAAAAAGUUCUAAAAGGACAAGUUGAUCUUUCACAAAGUGUAAGUGUCAUAUCAAAUUUGUAAAAAUAUAUACCUUUUUUUAUUUAUAAAGAUUAAUUAAUAUAAUUUAUUUUCGUGGUUUUUUUAAAUAAGCUUGA